CGAAUCCUACUUGACAUCCCUCGACAGCAAGCGCAGCAUAGCAUACAUUCAGCCGUCAGCUAUCAGCAUGGCCGACGACAAUGCUGCAGCAGCCAGUCCUGUCGCGAGUGGCAGUGAAAGCCCUCAAGAACAACAGCAGCAGCAGCAGCAAUUCCUCGGUGACGGCACGCCCAUCCCCAUUGGCAUGACCAAGUCCGCAUUCAAGAAGCAACGUCGCAAGGAAGCCUGGGAAGCAGGCAAGGCGGACCGCCGUGCUGCUUCCAAGGAGAAGCGCAAAGCUAAAGAGCGCUCGAAAAAGGAGGAUCGUGCAGCCAUGAGCCCCGAGCAGCGCCAAGCUCUUAGGGAGGCUAGCGCGAAGGAACGACUAGAGCACAUCAACGCGAGAAGGCAGAGCAAGGGUCCCUUCGGCGCCAAUGUGGUCAUCGACUGUGCCUUUGACGAGUUGAUGACGGAUAAGGAAAUCCUCUCAAUAUGUUCGCAGUUGAGCUUUUGCUACUCAUCGCAGAAGCGGUCUCCUGCCCCUUUUGCCAGGCUCAUCUUGGCGGGUCCGUCAAAGCAGCCGGCCCUCCCGCUGCUGGAGGGGAAUGAGGAGGGCAAGGAGUACACAAUUAACCCGACGGCGGUACAGGAUGGGUACAAAGCGAGGCUUGAUCAGGCUACGAAAGAAGGAAAAAGUAUUCCCUUCGCCAAGAGUAGACUGGGUCAAGCGAUGGACAAUAUUGGAGACAAGCAGUGGAGGCGAUGGAAGAAGGUUGAUAUCAUUGAGAAGGAUGGCUUAGAGGCCCUUUGGCAAGAGAAGUCGGAGCAAAAUCAAGAGGAUGCUGCGGUUGAUGGUCAAGACGAAGCUGCCGCCGCUGUGCACGAGAGAAGGGAAGGUGCAGACGCCGAGGAACGACAAGACGAUGACUCCGCAGCGCCCGACUCCGCGUCAACUUCCGCUCCUCGUCUCCCACGACCCCCACCACACGUCUCACGCAGCGACGUCAUCUACCUGACGGCGGACACAGGCCACACGAUCCACUCCCUCGACCCCACCAAGACCUACGUCAUCGGCGGCCUCGUAGACCGAAACAGAUACAAGAAUCUCUGCCUUCGCAAGGCCGAAUCUCUAGGUAUCACUGCCGCUCGUCUUCCCAUUGAUGCAGCCUUUCUGCCGCAGGGCAAGGCAAUGAGCAGUAGGAAGGUGCUGACCGUCAAUCAGGUACUGGAUAUUCUGCUUGGUUGGACGGAGCAGAAGCAAGUUAAAACGCCUGAGGGAGAGGAGGAGAAGGAACCGAGUUGGAGUGAGGCUCUUGCGAGGGGUUUGCCAGGGAGGAAGUUUCAUGAUACGACGGAGGGUGGGAAGAGGAAGGCAGGGGAUGAGGGUGGUGAGGGUGAGCACGAUGAAGAUGAGGAAGAGGAAGAGGACGAGGAUGGGAAGGCCAAUGAGAUCCAGCGGGCCGAGGCUGCGGCCGCAGUGGCCCAAGCGUAGGAAGCGGCAGAAUAGAGGAGCGCUCGACCAUACACAAUGCCACACCUACUUAAGUCAUCGUAACCACGCGGCGUCACACAGUCGAGCACCAUGCGUUCAGUGAGAAUGGAAAGAGGGGU